UAUGUUUUUGGCAUGCACACAUGUAUUCCACAUUAAUUUAUACAAAAUAUGAGCAUGUAUGGCGUCAAUAUGGAAUCGAGACAGGUUUCGGUCGACCUCUAAAUAAUUUAGCGACGCCUAACGUUCCUGGUGGGAUACAGAUCAACAUUGGACUACAGCUCAAACUGGGACAGCACACAGUGGGCUCCAACAUCUGGGUCAAUGUAGAAGACAAAUGUUAUAGGCCUAUGGAAAAAAAAAAAUAUCAGAAUGACAGCUUAAAAAAGAACAAAAGAAACUAAAUGUUGGGAGUAGUAACUAAAGGUGUGUACACCCAACAGUCGGUGCGAUUGUGUUGUCAUAUUUUUCAUUAUUUUGAUUAGGAGCAACAGGAGUCUCCAUGCUUUCUGAGACGGUGACAGUGUGAGUUUCAGUGAACGGAUCCUAUUACAAAGAUGCCAUCCUCCUGUGGUGCAAGUCUGCAAAGCUCCAAGGAGAGAGAAGACUAAAGGGCACAGUGCUCCCAUCUAAGGCUGAACCCACCAGCAAGAUCAUGACGUCUAAAAUUGAUAAUCCUCCACCCUAUGAGGAUGCGCUGCACCAUCCUAAGUAUGUAAACUUCCCCCACCAGCCACAACAUGGCUCCCCUCUUCCACCACCUCCAUCUUACAGCCCCAGUCCUGGCAUUUACUCCGGCCCGCCUGGCUACUGGGGCCAGGAGGGUGUCUACCCUCAAGCCGGCAUGUGGGCAGCCCCUGGCUUCUCUCCAUCUGGGGUGCCCACUACAAUACCAACUCUGUCUGCUGGAGUGAAUGCAUCCAACCAAGGGGACAUGGAGGAUUUUCUAAACACCCAAUGGGAAAGCACAUCUAUUCGGCAUGCCUUCAUUAGAAAGGUUUACUUAAUUUUAGCAGCACAGCUUGCCGUCACCUUUUCAGUUGUUGCUGUCUUUACAUUUGUUGACCCAGUGAGGCUGUUUGUCAUCAGAUACCCUGGCAUCUACUGGGCAUCUUUAGUGGUUUAUUUUGUGGUUUACUGCAUCCUCCUCUGCUGCAAAGAGCCGAGGAGGCGUUUCCCAUGGAAUCUUGUGCUGCUGGGAGUAUUUACUCUCGCCUUGUCUUACAUGUCUGGAACAAUUUCGAGCUAUUAUGAAACAAAAGCAGUGUUUCUCGCCAUGGGAAUAACAGCAGUAGUUUGUAUAGCUGUCACAAUCUUCUGCUUCCAAACCAAGGUGGACUUCACCUCCUGUGGGGGAUUUCUCUGCAUUGCUGCCGUUUUGCUCAUGAUCAUUGGGAUUGUUACAGCCGUCGUCCUCUCCUUCCAAUACGUCCCUUGGCUGCAUAUGCUCUACGCUGCAAUUGGAGCCAUCAUUUACACUCUGUUUUUAGUAUACAACACCCAGCUUCUUAUUGGAAAUCGGGAGCUGGCCAUCAGCCCAGAGGAGUAUAUCUACGGAGCUCUCUCUCUCUACAUUGAUAUUGUUCAAAUCUUCCUCUUCAUCCUUCAAAUCAGUGGAUCCGCUACUGAAUAAGCCAGAGCAUAUCUUGUUAUACAUUUGGACUUACAGGAUAUCAUGUUUGUGUUUCAUGAAACAUAAUGAUACGUGUACGUGUGAACUUCAACAUUGAUAGCCGUUAAUGAAGCAUCCUAUGAAUUUAACAACAUGUAUUUUUUAUGUCAGUUACACUUGAGCACUUUGAUUUAUUCUUGCACUGUUUGAAUCAGGGCAGUGAAUGAAAGCCUUCUUACUUACCCAACUGUGAAUGAGGAGAGAAACUAAAGCCUUGCCUUCUAUAUAAUUAUUUAAUAUUUUGUUGUGCCCUUUUUAUUUAGCAAUGGUAAUUUAGUAGGUCAUAUAUUCUAUAUUAGAUUACAUUAAGCCUAUAAAGGGAGGGACAUAAAAUGUGCACAUUUAAACAAUCUAUCAUUCUGUGAACUACUGUAUCAAACAUUAUCAUUAAUGAAUUCAGAAGCAGUAAACAUACACAACACAGUAACACAAGUAAUUGAUGGUUUUAGAGGUUUUUUAUUUAAUUAUUAUGUCUUUAGUCCUCUAAUAACAUACAAAACACCUGGAGUUACAGUUGAAGACCACAAUCAUUAGUCCUUAGUCUAUGCUGGUAUUAGGAGGGACUCAGAGCUGUAUUAAGGUAGUUGUUUAACAU